AUGCCUGCGCCAAAGCGCGUUUUGGUAAUUGACAAUGGAUCCUAUGAAUGCCGCGUGGGAUGGCACGACAGCAAAAAGCCGGAGCUCCGGUUUCGCAAUGUGCUGACAAAGCCGCGCAAGGAUCGCAAGAAAGACAACAAUCAACAACCGGAGGCUACUGGCAUCGUGGAGGAGUACAAGGGCAGCGCUGAAAUUCAAGUGGGAAACGAUAUAGUCAACAUUGAAGCAGUGCGCGCACAUCUAAAAUCACCUUUUGAGCGCAAUGUCAUAACAAAUUGGAAUCAUCAAGAGCAAAUUUUUGACUACAUCUUUACCAAGAUGCAAUUUGAGGGCGAAACAAGCAUUAAUCAUCCCAUUCUGCUCACAGAGGCGCUGGCCAACCCCAACAUGUGUCGCCGUCAGAUGAGUGAGUUGCUCUUCGAAUGCUACGGCGUACCGUCCGUUUGCUAUGGCAUCGAUGCACUCUACAGCUGGCAACAUCAUCGAAAGCAGCACAAGCCGAUGCCGCAGGAUGCGCUUAUCAUAUCCUUUGGCUAUAGCACUACGCAUGUGAUUCCAGUGCUGAAUGGCUGCAUGCAGCUGGAACAUGUUCGCCGUCUCAACCUUGGCGGGUUUCAUAUAGUCAACUAUUUGUUCCGGCUCAUGCACCUAAAGUAUCCAGUGCAUCUGGCAGCCAUAUCCAGCCGCAUGGAGAAGCUAGUGCACGAACACUGCCAUAUAGCACUGGACUAUCGCGAGGAGUUGCUAAAAUGGGCAAAUUUGGACUACUAUGAGGAGCAGAUUAUGAAGAUACAACUGCCGUAUAAUGCUGUGACCGCCACCAAUGCUUUGUUAACUGCGGAGCAGAAGCUUGAAAAGCGACGUGAGCUGGCAAUGCGUUUGCUGGAGAUAAAGAAUCGUCGCGAGCGCGAAAAGCUGGAGGAGGAUGAGCAGCACUUGGAAUUAUUGCAAAGUGUGCGACAGCUUUAUGAGAACCAGAAGACUCAAAAAUUUGAACGCGCACUUCAGCAACAUCAGAUAGCUAAUUUAGAGGAACUGGAUAAACUAGCCAGCACAGUGGGAGCACGCAUCAAGCGAGUCAAGGAGCGCGCCACGGGCAAACCGCGUCCCAGCAAGCAGCAGAUUAAACUAGACAAAAUGCCCAAGCCACCAGAGGGCAUGCCACAGGCUCAGUGGCUAGCAGAGUUGCGUGACAAACGUGCGGAGCUGCUGCGACGCAAACAGGAACGCCAUCAGCAGCGUCAGGAACAAGGCAAGCGUCAUACCCAUGCGGCACAAGAACGCAUGCGGAUAAUCUCUACGCUGGCGCGCAGCGAGAAACGACGCAAGGCCAACAACGGAGAGGAGGAAGACGAUGGCUUUGGCAUGAACGACAAGGAUUGGGAUGUGUAUAAGCGCAUUAAUCGCUAUAACGAUGACAGCGAUUCGGACGCAGAAAAUGAGCAGCUGCUAGAGUAUGAGAAAAUAUUGAAUCAUUACGAUGCCGGAAAUGAGGAUAACAAUGCACAAACGGCGCAAACUGCAGCGGAAAACUAUCAGCUGCAUUUUGGCGUGGAGGCUAUACGUGUACCCGAAAUACUUUUUCAACCCAGCAUGGUGGGCUGCUCUGAGGCGGGUCUGGCGGAGCUCAUAGCCUUCGUACUGAAGCUAUUUAAUGGCGAUGAGCAACAGCGUAUGGCUGAUCAUGUUUAUCUCACAGGCAGCGUGGCCACAUUUCCUGGCUUGAAGGCGAGAUUAAACAAAGAAAUGUUGGCGCUGCGUCCAUUUCAAUCAACCUUUGAGAUUCACGAGUCCACGGAGCCCAGCUUGAGCGCCUGGUUGGGUGCCUGCCUACAGGCACGUGAGCCUAACUUUGCUACCAAGCUCACUACACGCAAACAGUACGAGGAGCAAGGCGCGGAAUAUUUUACAGAACACUCUGCAAGCAAUCUUUAUUUUCCAACACCUAAAGACUAAACUUUUCUGUAGCUCCAA